GGCAAUGACCAACUUGGAUUAUCAUCAUCAAUAUGUGUGCUGAUGGUCGUCCUUGGGUUUUAUUCAGUCAUUUCAAUACCAUGAAACAAAGAAUUCAGGUCUGACUUCAAGCAUAAAAGAUGGUGUGGAAUGGAUUUGAGUAGAUUGCUUCCAUGAAUUUUCAAUGGGAAAGAAACGGAGCUGGUUUGGUUGGGUGAAGAAGAUAUUUGCUUCUGAUGCAAAGUCAAAAACAGAAAAGAAAUCAAGGAGGUGGAGAUGGGUUUUUGGAAGACUGAAGCUUAAGCAAUACCACCCUGCACUUCCAGCUCCACAGAAAUCAUUUUGUCAAGCAACGGAGGAGCAAAGAAAGCAUGCUUUGAAUGUUGCCAUUGCAACAGCUGCUGCAGCUGAGGCUGCAGUUGCUGCUGCACAAGCAGCAGCUGAGGUCGUCCGUCUUGCAGGUGCCUCUAAGCCUUUCCAUCAUUUCACAAUAAGGGAUAGAAACUGGGCUGCUAUUAAGAUCCAAAGUGCUUUCCGGGCACAUCUGGCAAGGAAAGCACUACGGGCACUAAAGGGACUGGUGAAACUCCAAGCCAUUGUACGUGGCCAAGUUGUGAGACGUCAAGCAAUGAAAAAUAUGAAGUGCUUGCACUCUGGUAAAAAAAAGUACCCAGAGGUCAAGGAGAAGAGCACUUCUACAACAAAAGUAAUCUGUCAAGACAGCAGGAGAAAACAAAGCCUCAUACUCAAAGAUGAGUUGCGGUCGAAGGACAUUACACAUGAAUGCAACAGUCAAAAAAGUUGGAAUGACAGUGUGCUGUCUAAGGAAGACGUUGAAGCCAUAUGGUUGAGAAGGCAGGAGGCAAUGACCAAAAGAGAGCGUAUGAAGAAAUACUCAUAUUCCUAUCGGGAGAGAGCAAAUACUCGUAUGCUUGAUGAAUCUGUGCACAUCAAAGAAACUGGGAGGAGCAGCUUUGUGGAAGCAGAAGCAAAUGCUGAGGGAAAUAAAACGGAAAGAGUGAUGGUUUUAAAACAAAAUGUACCUUCAAAUUUGAGUACCUGGGAAUUACAUGGUCCACCUCAUGUUAGAUUUAGAAAUUUGCAAAGGCAAGAUAUGUUAGAUGAAGAUGGAUUAAAUUCUCCCUUUUUGUUUCCAAGAAGGUCAUUUUGUCGUGUGCAGCAGAGUAAGGCUGGAGAUGAGAGUUCCAUCCCAAAUUCUCCAGUUUUUCCUACUUACAUGGCUGCAACAGAAUCUGCAAAAGCAAAGGAAAGGUCAAUGAGCACACCAAGGCAACGGGUAGGAUUUCUGGAUACUUGCUUUGAUUAUAGCGUGCCAUACAAGGGUGGACUUUCUUUUUGGUCUACUUAUAAUGGUGAACCAUUCACUAUCAAUGAGAAGAACAGUCUCCCUAUGAAUCGACUUUAUUGAGCUGACAUAGCUUUGGAUGUGAGCCUAAUUUUAAUGUUGAAAUCAGAAUACUAAGUGAGGAUGAAAUUCCACCUAAGCUUGUUCAUUUACCAGUUAUAAAAUGGCACGGAAGCUACCCUUUUGGCUCUAAGACAUGCAAGAAUUAUAACAGCUUCAUAUUUCAAGGAAGACCUUUUCGGUGUUAUGAUGCCAUGCCUGUCAAGUUGGCAUGAGCUAGUUUGGUGAAUCUGCAAAAUUUCGUUUCUGUCAAAACUCAUUUCCGCAUUUGAUGAGUUAUAUAGAUAAUCGCUUGUUUGUUUGUUUGUUUGUUA